AAUUUGUUUGUAGAAAUAUAGGAAACGGAUUUGUUUUUUCUUCAUAAAUUUGAUAAUUGUUCUAUUUAAAAUUUCCAAUGCAUAUCAAGCUAUGACUAAACGACAUUCUCGAGAGAUAAAUUUGAAAUGUUAUCGCAUUUUGGAAAUUAUCGUUUUUCUCGUUGGUUCUAUGUGUGACUCAUUGAACGAUACGCAUAAAAAAACGACGACCAUAAGCAGACCAUAUCGAAAUGUCGGACCAAGAGUGUAGGGCGACUAGCAGUCGUGAACCAUCGAAAUUUCAACCAGCCAAAAAGAAUAAAAUCUCAAAUUACAAUAAGAAACAAAUGCUCAAAAUGUUAAAACACGCGAACUGCCAUCCCAAGGAAUUGAAUGCAAUGAGCAAACGUUUUCGAGUGACCGACGAUAAUCUUAUCAAGAGUUUUAUCAAUACGCAAGCGUUCUUAUCACAAACACGGUUAGAACAAAUUCUAAAAUCAAAAAAUGACAAGCACAUCCUGAAUUUGGAUCAAUGUGCACGAAAUUUAACCGAGAAUGGUGUGCUUGUGACCGAUAACACGUUGCCGGUAACCCUGGAAGCAAUAGCAAAUUUGGAAAAACAUCCGCCGCCAGCUGAAUUGAAUGGCAUCGAUUUAGAGGCGCUGUACAAACUGUUAGCCAACACAACCGCUGGAUAUCCCAUCGAUGAUUUGGACGAUGGUCCAACAAAAGAAUUCCUGAAACAGUGCUAUCGAGAAUUAUUGGAUAGCGUUUCGGAUAUGAAACCGAAAAAAUUCAAAGACACAUUAAUGGAGCAAGAUAAACAAACGCAGCCCGUGUAUUCGUGGCUGUGCAACAGUGAUUAUAGCCAGUAUUUAGAACGAAUAUUUAAAGAUAUGUGUAGCGAUAGUGAUGAUGAUGAAUAAAAUUUACAUUUAUAAUAGCCUGAA